UCACUCGGCCACCGGGAGCUCGUCCUUCUGCCUCAGAUGACCUGCAUUCAUAGAGACGUGUAGCACAUCCAUUCUCUCAUACACGGAUGCUCACUUUUGAUUUGGUCUCUUAUGAGUGGCGUCGCGGCCAUUUGCAGAGGGCUCUUGCGGCUGACAGUGUUCUGAAUGUGCGGGUCAGCUCCAUUCCUCAACAGCAGGGGGACAACCUUCGACUGACCAUCCUGUGGGCAAAAGAGAAGGCGUCACUGAAUGCCCCUCAUUGCUCACCUUCUAUACCUCGCAUGCGUAAUGGAGAGGGGUGCGGCCGUACAGGUCGCGAGCGUUGACAUCAGCUCCCUUGGCGAGCAGCAGCUUGGUGAUGUCCUGCCCGCUCCAGUGACGGCUCAACACAGCGUAGUACAGACCGGUGCGCUCAUGCUGCACGGCACAGCAAAGGCAGCUGCGGCGUUGCUCGUUGUGUCUGUCGUGUCUCGUCACCUUGUCGGUGGCAUGGAUGAGCGAUGGCUUCGAGUGCAGAAGAAUGGAAACGACGUUGCGAUUCUCCGAAUAGCAACCCAGAUGAAACGGCGUGCGACCAAGCUGCAACGACGCAAAGCCGUAAGAGCCACAUCAUGUGGCGUAUUCUUGUCCACGCGUACCCAGCCCAUCGCGGGCCUCCAGGUUCGCCCCAGCGUGUAACAAACACUCCACAGCUUUCUCGUGCCCAUACUCACACGCCUAUCAGACACAAUGCCGGUCGGGUGCCUGUCUGUCGGUCGCUCGGUCGGUCGGUCUAUUUGUCCGUGUGCCUCUUCAGCCCUACCAAGUGCAGCGGCGUCCUCCCGAUUCGCUCUCUGGCUUCGAUGGCGGCCCCGAGGGUGAUGAACAAGUGCACCAGAACUGCAAACCCCCCUUGACAGCCAAGUGCAGACACGUCUUGAGCGUCUGACAGACACAGCGGCACACAAGCCAUGCACCUCUCCCUCACCAAACGUGAUUGACGCAUCCCCCUCCCUGUAUUGACUUGAUCAGUAGCCUGCAUGUAGGGCGUGGGAUCCUCUCUCUCGAGGCACCGCUGCACAGCAUCAUACUGGCAAGUGGUGACGGAGUGGAAGAAGUCGUUGAAGGCGUUGGGCGAGGGCGGGGGACCGCUGCCAUGAUGGGUAGAUGGGCGAGUGAAGCGGUUGUCCAUCAUCUGACCACACAACAGACGAAGCGUUGUCAAGACCUGUCAGUGGACCUUUCUGGUGUGCCUCUUGCCUUUGUCUUUGGGGACUCCGAGGAGCAGGGUGGGGGCUCGAUGGGGGCCAGUCUGCAUGCAAGAUGGGGAGAGAACUUACUGAAGGACAUCAAAACGAAGAUCCCACGGCUUCCCAAGUUGGUGACGGCGUUGGCUCGCGAGCUCCUGCCUACAACUCUUAAUCUGCAAUGAUUCCAAGUGGGCCCAUGACGAGCACCAUCUGACUCAAGUGGAGGGGACCUGACACGGCGGGCGGCACUGCUUCCUAUCCCCUAUUGUCUGGCUGGGCGACGCGGUACAGCAGCACCAUGCAAUCUGAUGCAAAGCCCCAGG